CGAUGCAAUUUCAGAGAUAUUAACCCUUUCCGCAAAACACAUCAUCUCUCGAUUUCCUUCUCAACUCUCAAGUGCCCGCGCCAAAAAUGAAACCCUAAAUCUUGAAAUGGAGCCAAAUUCUCUAGUCUUUCUUUUGCCUUAACAGUUAAUAAUCACCGAUUGUGGCCAGAGUUCGACGGAGAGUUUGAAUUGCAGCGGUGGUGGGACGAUAAGAGUAUCUUGAUCGCCUUGUACUGGUCUUCCGAAACUGACAGCUUAUAGGUUCCCAGAAUUGGAAGCAUAUGUAGUUGCCUUGCGUUGCAUCCACAUAGAAAGUUAUGGUUAAGCGGAGGUGUAACUGUGGGUUGAGGAAAGCUGGGAAAAGGCGUCGUAAGGUGGAAGAUACUUCAUCUACUACUGACAGGUUAAGCCAUCUUCCUGAACCCAUUAUUUAUCACAUUCUUUCGUUCCUCGAUACCAAAUCCGCCGUUCGGACCUCUAAGUUGUCCCGAUCAUGGAGUCGCGUGUGGAAGCAUGUCCCUGUCCUUGAUCUGCGUAGUAGUGCCCUCCGAGGGCUUGUGCGUCUUGAAAAAUUUGUGUGCAAGGUCCUGUCACUCCGCUAUGACCUCAAUGUCCGCAAGGUUAGCUACAUUGAUGAUGUAGGCUAUGGGUUUCAAAGACACGAGAGCAUGAUGGUGAGGGUCAUCAAAUAUGCUUUUUCUCAUCGGGUUCAACAUCUAGUGGUUGACACAGGAUAUGACAGCAAUCAUGAUGAUACUCACAGAUUCUCCUUUUUGUUUGGACCAAUCAAGAAUUGUGAUCAUCUGGAAACUCUAGAGUUAGGAUCUGUAACCCUUGACAGUGGAUUUGGGUAUUCUGGUUUCCGAAUGCUGACAACGUUGAAUGUGAGGGCGUGCAUGUUGGAUACUGAUCAGGGGGAUGAUCUUGAUCUCUUUUGCAACUUUCCUUAUCUGAGGAAUUUGAUAUUGUCUGACUGCUUCCUUCCUUGCACAAAAAGUGAAGGGAAUCUGAGGGUAUGUGGACCUGAAUUGGUUAACCUGGAAUUGAAUGCCAUGGAUCAAUUCAAGAUUGAAAUUUUCACUCCGAAACUCACAUACUUGAACGUUCGUCAAGACUUGGACUCCCUCGGAUUCUCCAAGUUAACCCUUCCUUCCCUAGAUCAUGCAGAUAUUGGGAUGCUCAAAGUCCCAGGGUAUGAUUCUGACAAAUUUAAGGCACAGAUGCAACAAAAUUUGACCUCCUUGUUCCAUGGUGUGCAUAAUGCAAGAUCUUUGAAGCUACAUGGCUUUAGUGUUGAGAUAGUGGAUGAUGUUUGUGAAUUUCUGAAACAACAGCCACCCCCCUUUAAGAGAUUGGAGUGCUUGAUCGUGGGAUCCGAUAGUCUACCAAAGGAACUCAUUGAUUGCUUUUUUAAAGGGUCUUCUUGUCAAGAGCCAUCUAUUGUUUAUGAUCUGUAAGCAGACAGUAGCUUACAUUUGUUGUCCACAUUUAAGUACUAGUUAGAACGGGAGGGGAAAAACUCUGUUUUGUUGAGGAAGGCGUAAUCUCUUCUUACCAGUGCCAUUGAAUGUCCAGUAAAGUCGUCGUUGACAACUUUGCCACAGUUUCUGAUUUUGGUUAGUGUUUCCUUUCCAUCUUUUUAGAUCAUUUAGAUAGGAAUAGUCACACCCGUCUAUUGUUAGUUCUUGAAACAGGUCGUUCUGAAUCACUUUGCAAGGUACACAACCUGUUCUUUGUGAAAUAUGACAAGCGCUAUUGAUCUAUUAGACAAGUAUGUGUUUCUCCCAACUGCUGGAUACUUAUGGCUGGUAUUAUCAUUAUUGGUCUUUCUGCUUGUACUGGUAGUUGUUUUCCCCC